AUGGCUGCUGCUGCGGUAGAACGCCCAACCACGGCACAGGAGCGUGUCCUGGCCUCUAACAACCCUCCACCACCACCGAAGGUCAAUACUGAGCCUUCACACCGCCAGCGUGCGGCUGCCCACAACCGUGGUGCUGGCGUUGCCGGAUAUUUCGCUGGCAAGCCCCCGGCCCAGCAGGAGGCCCCGCAGCAAUCCCGCAAGGUGCUGGAGCACAGUCCGUCGGAGUUCCUCGCCGGUCCAAAGGAGCCCGGCCACGUGAAGCACGGCGUGCGUCGCUACGAGGACCGCAAUGUAUCGACGGUCGGCAAGGCGCUCACGGAGGAGUGGAUCCUCGGCCGUGGAGAGGACGACGAGGAGGCGCGACACCACCACGGACGCCACCGCGGCCCGAAGGACAACCUCGAGGGUCUCUGCUGCAGCGUCAAGACGGAGGAGGCGAAGCCCCGCAAGCUGCGGGCGUCGGGACACGCACCGCCACCAUCAACGAUGGCGCCGUACAGCGAACCGGAACUCCCACCGCAGUACGUUGAACCCCCGCACCAAACCGGCAGACGCCGCUUUAAGUCGCACUCCAGCGGCGAUAUUAUCGCCCGAGUGCUUCCAACAGAUGCAAACGAGGAGACCACUGGCCCACGCUCACGCUUCCACCGCAACCGCGCUAAUGAGUCCGUUGAUGUGCUCAACCUCGGACAGUAUACUCGUGAACAACUCCAUGAGGUGGAGCGCAAGGUCGUGAAAGGCCCACGCCAAUUCACCCCAGCUCCUAUUCCACCACGCCCGCGUCCCACCAUCGCACGCGUGAAGACUCAUGCAAAUGAGACUCACGAUAUUUUUGGUACAGGUCGCGGAACUGAGGAUGCAGAGCCCGUGCACCGCAAGAACCCCGGAGCAAGCGCCCCAAGGCGCACUGGAGGUGCAAACAUCUUUGAUACCACACCAGAGACCCAGAAGCCGCCAAAGCCGUACCGCCCAAGCGAUCUGCUGAGCUAUGAUGAUGGUCGCGCCCAGCUGAAGGCUCGCCAGCAAGCUGCAGAGAAGGCAGCAGCAGAAAGGGCAGCAGCAGAGAAGGCAGCUCAAGAAAAGCCACGUGCACAAGCGGAUGCCGCUUCACGCCAACCCCAGGGGAAAGUGGAGUCUGGUAUGCUCUUCGUCUCCAAGUCCGACUCCGUUGAGCCACGCGGCGGACGUGCCCCAGGCAUGUAUGCCCCGAAGCACGGUACCCGAAAUAUCUACUAG